GGCGUAUAGUCAAGUGCAGCUCAGAGGCACCAACCGGGCCCACUUUACCCAUUUCAUAUUAAGGGGCUGGACUCUCCUAGAUUGUUCAAAUUGCACCUUUGCAUUCGUGAGAGAGAAGUUUUCCCUGCCUUCCACAGGAAGAUCGGAUGUGCUCCAGUACAUUUCAUCCAGUUUUGGCUGACCCUACCGUCUGUAGGAGCAGGUGCUCUGUGAGGACAGUCUGUUCCAUCGGUAUCCAGUUGUCUUCAGCAUGAGGGAGGAGAACCACUCUGCUGGGAAGGAACUUCAGCACAGAACGCAAGCAGAAGCUCCAGGAAUAAAAAGCUGGAACUCUCAGGCCUACACCCUUGGGGCCAUUUCCAACUUUCUGUCUACUUUUCUGACUUUUCCCAUCUAUAAGGUUGUGUUCCGGCAGCAGAUCCAUGCUGUGGCUGUGUCUGAGGCUCUGCGACAGCUUUGGCAUGAAGGCCCUCAGUACUUCUACAGGGGAAUCUACCCCCCUCUUCUCUCCAAGACGUUGCAAGGAACUCUGCUGUUUGGGACUUAUGACAGUCUGCUGUGCUAUCUCUCCCCUGUUGGGCCACACUCCCUGAGGCACCGCUGGGCUGCAGGACUCAUGUCUGGUGUGGUGGAAGCUUUGGCACUCAGCCCCUUUGAAAGAGUGCAAAAUGUGCUCCAGGAUGGUCGCAAACAAGCUCGCUUCCCUAACACCUUCAGCAUUCUCAAGGAGUUCAAUUCUUACGGUUUUUGGGGGCGGCUGUCAUGGGGCUAUUAUCGUGGUUUCUUGCCUGUCCUUGUUAGGAACAGCCUGGGGAGUGCUCUCUACUUUUCUUUCAAAGAUCCCAUCCAGGAUGGCUUGGCAAAGCAAGGCCUGCCCCAUUGGGUUCCUCCCUUGGUAUCUGGUAGUGUCAAUGGAACAAUCACUUGCCUGGCUCUAUAUCCUCUGAUUGUGCUUGUUGCCAAUAUGCAGUCCCAUAUUGGCUGGCAGAGAAUGCCAAGCCUGUGGGCCUCUGUGAAGGAUGUGUGGGACACUCGGGGCCGAAAGGUACUCCUGAUCUACCGAGGAGGUUCUCUGGUCAUCCUAAGGUCCAGUGUGACAUGGGGGCUCACUACUGCUAUCCAUGACUUUCUGCAGAGGAAGUCCCACUCCAGGAAAGAGCUGAAAGACUGAUUCACUGCUGGCAGUGUGGUCAGGGCAUCUUGGUUCUUCUAAAUCUUUCCUGGUCAGUUUCUAUAUAGCUUCCUUCUUUAGGCUUGGUUACUUGACACAGGUAUUUUUUUUAAGCAUCUGUCAGCUUUCAUUGCAUGGGAGCAGUUUCCAACUAUCAGCCUGUUGGGCACAAACAAAGCCUAACAGCAUUCCUUGGUCAGAAGAAGAAAGUUACUCCAGUCUACCCUGAACUUCAACAGCCUCAGAGCCAGGACGCCCUUAAAUAACUUGUAACCCAGAUUGAAUGUCUUUCCUUUAAGGGAUUUCUUAAUAAGAGAAAGCUUAGAAAGAUGACUGUACUCAUUCAUUUUGAGUUUUUGUAACCCUUCAUGUGUUUUUCAGGUCAAACUAAGUAGAAUUCCAAUUGGAGAGAACUAUUUUUGACUCUGAACAUUCCGUAAAACUUCUCAGAUGGCUACAUUUUCAUUUUAUUGUUCAGUGCCCCUUCCACAGUCAAUUCACAUCUUCAAACUAAAAUCUUCGUUUCAAGGGAGCAGCUGUGAUUGGAGAAUCCUAAGUUGGUUGUUUUACUCAUUGGGUGCCACAAGAAUGGCUGGCGCUGAAGAUGGGAAGCAGAAGUAUGGUCCUGGUUAGAAAGAAUAAAAACUUUCAAGGAUGACAUUUAAUUAUGUGCGAAAAAUAGCAAAAUGUAUCUUAGGUUGCUUAAUUUUGUCUGCUAGGACAUUUUGGAUGGCAAGGUGAUUUCCUUGCUGAGAAGCUGCUUGAGUUUCCCUAAGAAAUCUGGAAGUGGAAUGACCACAUCUCUUCACAAAUAAUUUUAUGUUUUGUUGAUGUGGAUAUAGUUACUAUGAUAUAAAGCUUAGAAAUCUUAAACUGACUUUCAGAACUAUUCAAAAUAUUGUCCCCAUAUAAUUUUCAACAUACUAUCACACAACUCCCACUCUCACAAACCCCAUACAUCAACCAAAAGGAACUGUUGUCCUCUCUCCCAACAUGCUAUGAACUUACCGAUGCUAGUUCGUUGACUCCCCCUAUUUGCUCCACUUGCAGGUCUCUUUAUUUUGACUAGUCUGCCAGAGUUCUGGUUCCUAAAGUCUAGUUCAGAUCCCACCUUCUCUUGUUUUCCUAUUUUUCCCAACAGAAUGUGACAUUAGUCUCUUAGCAUUUCCCUUUACAAAAGUGCAUCAGCAUGCCACUGAUUGCAUUAUGUCACUGAUCCAUGUGACACUGGGAUCUUGAUAUUUUUAAUACCUCCUAGCAGACUGUAAAACUUUGAAAGCAGGGAUUCUUAUAUGCAUUUUUAAAUGCUCCAUUGUGCCUAGGUGCUCAAUAAUGUUGGUAAAUUUUAGAAUUGAUUAUGAAGCUGUGAUAUGAGUCGUAUCCUCAGGGUGUUGUCCCUUCUACAUGAAGAUAAUGUUACUGACUCAGCAAGACACAUGCCUUUGGGGGUGUGUUUUAUUUUCUUUUAACAGUGCAUUAAUUUUAUGC